AUGCAUAGUGAGAAGAAGAAGAUUCUAGUUAUUGCCGGGGCAAGUGGCUCGGGAAAGUCGACUAUUGUGCGAUACUUGCUUAAAAGAUACGCUUCCUCCUUUGCGCUUUCGGUUUCUUACACAACUAGGACACCUCGAGAGAACGAAGAGCCCGGUCGAGAGUACCAUUUCCUAACUAAGGACGAGUUUAGGGCUAAAAUAGAGGAAAAUGAGCUGUUGGAGUAUGCUGAGUAUGCGGGCAAUUACUAUGGCACAGGCGAUGAAUCAUUGAAACCACGACGAGAUGGGAAGAUCCUUAUUCUGGAGAUAGAGAAGAAGGGAGUUGAAAGUGUCAAGAAGUUAGAUAUUCCAGCUGUUUAUUUAUACAUCUAUGCGGAUACAACCCAACUACACAAGCGCAUUUCGGCCCGGGCUAUUAUUUCCGAGGAUGAGUUAAGCAAACGGCUCAUGCGUGCCCUGGAAGAGAAUGUUUAUGGAUGUAGUGGGGCUUUCGACAAAGUCAUUGAGAACGAUGAGCUUAAUACGACUCUACGAGAAGUCGAUCGGUUUAUUCACCAGGAGUUCGGCAUUCAAGUAGUUUAA